CCUUAUUAAAACAACAUAAUAUAAUACUACUAGUCGUCUACUACUGCUACUAGUAAUAAUAAUCCAGAAAUAGCCAUCCUCAUCGAUCGAUUAUUGUGUUUGGAGGUGAGAUGGAUACUUGGCCGCCGGCGGUCCGAGGCUGUUGGAUACCAAACUCGCCGCCGCGUCACCAAUUUAGGAGAUUCCGAACUGGAAACCAAGCGAAACUAAUAAGGUUGUUUCGUUUCUUCUCGGAAUUAAAAAAAAAAAAAAAAAACAAACCCAGAAGCCGGCAGCCUUGUGCAUCAGUAGUAUCGGUCGAGAUCAAUAUUCCCUACAAAAGACAAACAAACAAAUGGCAAUGAAAUAAACGAAGUGUAUCCCCGAUGGCAUGGAUUUCUAUCCAUCCACCUCGAACAGCAUCCAUCGGAGAGGAAUUGAUAAUCUCCACGCUAACUCCCUCCCAAUCUCCGCUAGCUAUUUGCCCCAACUCAUUGAUUGAUUUAUUUAAGCGAGGAAGCCUGCGACGGUGUCUCGUCUAAUCGAUCUCCAGGCUGCUUUUGUGGGGUAAAACCAGAUCAGAAGCUCUCCUCCGUUAAUGUCGGACGAGCGGCGGAAGGCGGCGGCAUUCAUCAAGCUGGUCCACCCCAAGGGCAUCGUGGAGCGGCUCACCCGCCCGACCCGGGCCUCCGAGGUCAUGAAGCGCUACCCGCGCCACUGUGUGACCCGACCCGACGUUUUCAAGAACCCCUGGAUCGCAGUCCACCCGGACUCCCUCCUCAAGCUCGGCUGCGUCUUCUACGUCGUCCCUUACCACACCAUCGACCGCUUACUCAAGCAGCACUCGCCAAAUCUCGCCGACCGGCCGCGGCGAAGGGGAUCUACGGAUUGUUCCACGGAGAUGAUCGGUUUCGAUCGGCUCGUCAAGCACAGAUCCGAGAGAUUGAAGGUCGAUUGCCGGUAUGGCGAGUUGCGGGACCCGAUUUUCCCCAACUGCUUGGUCGGGGGCCGCACGGAGAUCAUCGGCGCCGAUUCUCCUCAGAUAUGGCGCCCGGCAACGGCGUUGAGCUACUACAAGAAGGAUGCCGAGUCGAGCGAGCCGGUGGAGAGCCGUGGCGAUUCGUCGUUCUCGAUCGACAUCGAUUCGUUCGGUGGUGGCGUUCGCCGGCGGCACCGACGAGUCAGCGGCGGAGGCGGGUGUGGUGCUGAGCUGGAUUGUUCUUCUUUUUCUUCUUCUUCAGGAUCGAAAAAGCUGAAGCCGUGUCUGCGGAAGAGCAGUAGUCGCAGUGGGUCGAGAGGGCCGGAUAGUAGCAGGGUGAAAUUCACGCUUCCCGGAGAGGAUGACGGCAACUUGAGAGUUGAAAUCUUUGAGUUUCAACGAGCCGUUUGAACCAAUCGUUUGCCCUCCUAGUCUUUCUUUUCAUCCUAUUCUUCUGCCCCUUCCCUUUUUUCUUUUCUUAUGAGAUGAUAUUCUGCCCCUUCACUUGAGACAAGAAACGAACACAUAAUUAUGUACUCCGUACAUGAAUCAAUUUUGGGUGUGUUACUACUUAUAAAUAUACUAGCUUUGUGCCCGGUUCGUUAGCCGGGUAAUAUUGUAUUCAAUACUCAUUGGAUAUGUUCUAUUUUGUUUGAUUACUUUAGUUUGUGGUGUUCCCAUGACAGAGGGUAUAAAUACAUAAUGAUAAU